AUACAAUCAUAACCGAGCUAGCUUACUAAUACCCACACAAUCUCGAAUUUCCACAUCAACAACCUCAAUACCACGAAAUUCCGAUUCCUGUCAUCAAUUCCCGAUUAUUUCACCAAUUUCCGACUAAUCAAUCCGUCAAAAUGCCUCGCGAAAUCACCGACAUCAAAUCCGUGAGUUAUAUCCUAAUGAGCUGGGUUUGGAGGAUGGGAAUGGGGAUUGAGGAAUUUGGAAUGGAUAAACAGAAAGGGCUUUUGGGUUCGAGUUGGUACAGAUGCUAAUGUUGAAUUGCACAGUUCUUGGAGAUUUGCAGACGCAAGGAUGCUUCCUGUAUGUUUUUAUAUUUCUAUUUUCUUCCAUUCUAGCCUGGCGUUACACGAAUUAUCUACGAACUCGAAUCUGGAAAAGUUUCAUCGGCAUUUUUGAAAAUGGGCAAUUGAAGAACGGAUGAACUUGCGGGAUGGGAUGCCGCGAUCUACGAAGCUACAGAAAGACUAACAUAGUAUACAAUAGCUGCCCGCAUAAAGAAGAAUGUCGGAAAGACCAGCUCCAUCAAGAUCAAGGUCAGAUGCCAAAAGUACUUGUACACCCUUGUCCUUAAGGAUUUGGAGAAGGCCGAGAAGUUGAAGCAAAGUCUUCCACCUAGUAUGAUUUCCCCUCACUUUAGGUCAAGACACUGCUAACACAAGCUUUAGACCUCACCAUCGCCGAUACUCCAAAGAAGAACCAAAAGGGAAAGAGAAUCGCAUAGAUGGUUGAAAAAUGGGGUUAGAUUACGGAUUCAAGCAGUGGAUGAGACAAUACAAACAUUGAUUGAUUGCACAGUCGAAAUAUAUUGAGCAUGAUCAUGUUUUUUGGCGUUGGCAAGAUCGUGAUGUGAUAUCCUGCUUUUGUGCUGUGAAAAUAGGGUGAAGUAGAUUGAGGAAAUGAAAUAAGCCCUUGGAAUCCAAUUAUUG